AUGAACAUUACUCCUCCGAUCAAGUCACUGCUGGUAGUAGUUACCAUCGUGGCAUGUACUUAUGAUCGAGCAAUGUGCUUGAAGUUCAAUUACCCCAUCUUUGUAGAAGCAGAUGAGAACCAUUUCGUCAGGAAUAAUUCCUAUAUAGUUCUCAAUUCCCUCCAAGUGACACCAGAUGUAAUUGUAGCUUCUAUCUCAAACUUGUCUGACUGCAUAUUAUACAAAGACCCAUUCAAGCUAUGGAAGAAAAAGGGCGACAGUCGAGACAUCACAUCUUUCAAUUCCACUUUUGUGCUUAAUAUAACUCCACAUACUGUUCCGGGUGGAGAAGGUCUUGCCUUCCUUAUAACUGGAGAAACGGGUCUUCCAGACAACAGUCACGGAAGAUGGCUCGGUAAUGUCAACUCGACCACAGACAGACUCCGUUAGAACCAAGUUAUAGCCAUAGAAUUCAACAGCCGGAAGAGCUAUGCAGGAGACUGGGAUGAUAACCACGUGGGAUUGAACGUGAAUAGUAUUUUCUCGCUCAAACAAAAGCCUCUGGCUGAUUACAGUGUCAAUCUUUGGACAGCUACCAAUAUAACAGCCAGAGUGGAAUAUGACGGGAAGAACAUCCCAUUGUCUGUCUUCUUGAGCAAUGAAACAGGAGAAUACAUGAAAAAUCCAAUUAUUUCUGUUCCUCUCAAUCUUUCUGAGUAUCUCCUGCAGGAUGUGUUCCUAGGAUUUUCUGCUCCAACAAGCAACUACACAGAGUUGAACUGCAUAAGGUCAUGACUCUUUGAGGAAACAAACUCGGACGAAGAUCCUAAACUUUUGUGGGUUUGGGUUGCAGUUCCAACUGUACUUGGGCUGUGUGCUCUAAUUUAUCUCCUGAAUAGGAUAAGAACAGACAAAAAGGGUCUAUUGGAAGGCACUUACCCAACAAUAGAAGAUCAGACCGAGGGCUCAUCCACAGCUCCACAGAAGUUCCGGUUCAAGGAUCUUAAGAAAGCAACAGGCAACUUCAAGAACAAGCUAGUACAGGGGAGUUUUGGAACUGUUUAUAAAGGGCACAUAAGUAAAAGGGUUUCUGAGGAUUCAUGUCAAGGCAAGCAAGAAUUCCUAGAAGAAAUCACGACCAUUGGCAUCCUCCACCACCGGAAUCUAGUGAAACUAAUUGGAUGGUGCUACGAGAGCCGCGAGCUCCUCCUCGUGUAUGAGUACAUGCCGAAUAGUAGCCUAGACAAGUACAUAUACUGUCAUGAGAACUUAAUAGCUAGUGGACCAACCCUGAAUUGGCAGAGAAGGUACAACAUAAUAAAUGGAGUUGCUAAAGCACUUGAUUAUCUCCGCAAUGGUUGCAAGAAGAAGGUGCUUCACCAGGAUGUCAAAGCAAGCAACAUCAUGUUGGAUUUGGGGUUCAAUGCUCGGCUCGGGGACUUCGGGCUGGUGCACACCAUCCAACAGACUGAACAGACGCACCACUCAACCAAAGAAAUUGCCGGAACCCGGGGUUACAUGGCUCCCGAAAGCUUUCUUACGGGAAGGGCAACCAUGGAAACAGACAUUUACGAAUUUGGCAUCCUCAUGCUUGAAGUUUUCUGUGGAAGAGAACCGGGGAUCAUUGUGUCCUGGGUAUGGGAAUUGCAUGGGAGGGGAAGGAUCUUGAGUGCAGCCGAUUCCAGGAUGGGCGGAGACUUUGGAGACGGAGAAAUGGAGGACAUGUUUGUCCUGGGGUUGGCCUGUUGCCACCCGAAUCCGAACUGUAGGCCCUCAAUGAGAAGCGUGUUGCAGGUGCUUACUGGGCAAGUAGCUCCGCCGAUUGUGCCGCUGGAAAGGCCAGCUUUCAUCUGGCCGUCAAUGCCUCCAUCUUUUAGAGAGGACUUCGAUUGCUCCAUUGCCAAAGGCCAAAUGACUCCCAUAACAGAAGUUCGCAGGAGAUGA